GGAUGGUCCUGGUCACACAGUAUUAAAGAGACCUAUCAUUAGGAGGACGAAAAAGAGCGUCCGAGACAUCGCCGCAAUUACAAAUGAACCAGACUUGGUAGCAUAGGGCAUUGAUUACUGGUGCCCAACCGGACCCUCCUCCCCUCUUCCCCUUUCCUCCCCCCACCUGAGGCAGCCUCCUGUGGCGGCGGCCGGGACCUCGCGUCCCUGCAUCGUGGCCGGGGCUGCAUUUUUCAUGAACCCGGGGUGAACAGGUGCGAAGUGCGGUGGGAGCAUCCGGCCAGCGGCCGGGCGCAGCGGCCAUGGAGAGCGAGCGAGACAUGUACCGCCAGUUCCAGGACUGGUGCCUCAGGACUUACGGGGACUCAGGCAAGACCAAGACGGUGACCCGUAAAAAAUACGAGCGGAUCGUCCAGCUCCUCAACGGCUCCGAGUCGAGCUCCACGGACAACGCCAAAUUUAAAUUCUGGGUCAAAUCGAAGGGCUUCCAGCUGGGCCAGCCGGACGAGGUCCGCGGGGGAGGUGGCGGCGCCAAGCAAGUGCUCUACGUGCCUGUCAAGACCACGGAUGGCGUAGGGGUAGAUGAGAAGCUGUCUUUACGGCGGGUAGCUGUGGUGGAAGAUUUCUUUGACAUUAUCUAUUCGAUGCAUGUAGAAACAGGGCCAAAUGGAGAGCAAAUUCGGAAACACGCUGGACAGAAGAGAACUUACAAAGCAAUUUCAGAGAGCUACGCCUUCCUACCACGAGAAGCGGUGACACGAUUUCUAAUGAGCUGCUCAGAGUGCCAGAAAAGAAUGCAUUUAAACCCCGAUGGAACAGAUCAUAAAGAUAAUGGAAAACCUCCCACUUUGGUGACCAGCAUGAUUGACUACAACAUGCCGAUUACCAUGGCCUACAUGAAGCACAUGAAACUGCAGCUGCUGAACUCACAGCAGGACGAGGAUGAAAGUUCAAUAGAAAGUGAUGAAUUUGACAUGAGCGAUUCAACACGGAUGUCAGCCGUGAACUCUGAUCUCAGCUCCAACCUGGAGGAAAGAAUGCAGAGUCCUCAGACUCUUCAUGGCCAGCAAGAUGGUACCCUGGGCACUCUCAUUUUCCAAAGCUUUAGGUGCUGUUUUUCCUUGGGACUCACAUACAGAGUCUUUGGGUCAAACGCUGUGGUACCAGGCUGGAACCUGGAGAGAAGAAUUAUCGCCCUGGGCCUGUGGACCUGUGGGGCUGUACCCACAGAUCUAAACUCCACACCUUCUGGGUAGCGGCUACUCAGGAUGGAGCAGACUACACUGGAUGAUUCUGCUGCAGAGAGUUUUAAUGGCAAUGAAACUUUGGGGCACAGCUCAAUUGCUUCAGGGGGAACACACAGCAGGGAGAUGGGAGACUCCAACAGUGAUGGCAAAACUGGGCUGGAGCAGGAUGAACAGCCACUGAACCUGAGUGACAGUCCCCUCUCUGCACAGUUGACUUCAGAAUACAGAAUAGAGGACCACAGCAGUAAUGGAAAAAACAAAUAUAAGAAUCUUCUAAUUUCUGACCUCAAGAUGGAACGAGAGGCGAGAGAAAAUGGAAGCAAGUCUCCUGCACACAGUUACUCAAGCUAUGACUCUGGCAAAAAUGAGAGCGUAGACCGAGGCGCAGAGGAUCUGUCGUUAAACAGGGCAGAUGAGGAUGAAGAUGACCACGAUGACCAUGACGAUUCCGAGAAAGUGAACGAGACAGACGGCGUGGAAGCCGAGCGGCUGAAAGCUUUUAAUAUGUUUGUCAGGCUGUUUGUAGAUGAAAACUUGGACCGAAUGGUCCCAAUCUCUAAGCAGCCCAAAGAAAAGAUCCAGGCUAUCAUUGACUCAUGCAGGCGACAAUUCCCUGAGUAUCAAGAGCGUGCCAGAAAACGUAUACGUACUUACCUCAAGUCCUGCAGGCGGAUGAAAAGAAGUGGUUUUGAGAUGUCUCGACCUAUUCCUUCUCACCUUACUUCAGCAGUUGCAGAGAGUAUCUUGGCUUCCGCCUGUGAGAGUGAGAGUAGAAAUGCCGCCAAGAGGAUGCGUCUGGAGAGGCAACAGGACGAGUCUGCUCCAGCUGACAAACAGUGUAAGCCGGAGGCGGCUCAGGCCACUUACUCAACAUCAGCUGUGCCCGGCUCACAGGAGGUGCUGUACAUCAACGGAAACGGGACCUACAGUUACCAUAGCUACAGAGGGCUGGGAGGGGGCCUGCUGAAUCUGAAUGACGCUUCCAGUAGUGGACCUACUGAUCUCAGCAUGAAGAGGCAGUUGGCGACUAGCUCAGGAUCCUCCAGCAGUUCAAACUCCAGACCCCAACUGAGUCCAACUGAAAUCAAUGCUGUGAGACAGCUUGUUGCAGGAUACCGGGAAUCAGCUGCAUUUUUAUUGCGUUCUGCAGAUGAACUGGAAAAUCUCAUUUUACAACAGAACUGAGUCAAAUGAUGACCGUACUCACUGAGGUCUAAAUUUGCAGUUUCCACUAAUGACAUUUUGGUUUCCCAGCAGAGAUACUUCUGGUCUUAUUGCACAGUCUUUUAAGAGAAAUACUUCCAUUCUGCCACCUUGUCCUUGAUCCGUAAAGUGAUGUGUUAAGCCGCUUCAAGGGAACUCUGCCCUCUGAAGUACCUGAGAUACUCUAAUGUGUCCAGCCUCUUGCUUUUUUGUCUUACUGUGCCAGCAUAAAUAUCAGGGGCAAAAUAAAGGCUGUAUAUUCUUAAUUCAAGAAUAAAACAGAAGAAUCUUGUGGUAUGAAAAAAUAGUUCAAGAUCCAACUAAUAUAUUAGUGGAAUUUGCUACUGACUCAUUGGACUGAAAGCUGAAGUAUCUGGCAAAAAAAAAAAAAAAAAGCCAAAUUUCUUGUUGCUACAGGAUAUUAACAACACUGAAAAGGAUCUUGUAUUUUAAAAAAAAUGUAAUUUUUAUAAAAAGAAAACUCGUUUUUCAUUCAAAAUUGUCAUUUUUACUUUGGUAACUUUUUCAUAGGUCCUAAAAGAAAACUGUUUUGAAAAUCUACUGUAAGUACCUUUUCCACAUCCCUUUGCCUUCUCUUCUUUCCAAAUUCUUUCUACAAAAAUAACACUUGAUGCUGGAAAAACCCUUGCCUACGUUCUUUAAAUCGUCAUAUCAGGAACUCCUUCCAAGAGAAGCCUGCAUUUCUGCACUCACGCUGAUCUCAAAAAAAUCCAUUCACUAUUGCAGCUUUACCAUAGCAGUUCUCAUCACAGAAUUUUUUAAUAUCUAAGAAAGACAUAUCAUUGGGGGAAAAAAAAUCACACUUUGAUUUCUUAGAGCUGCUCUCUCCUGAAUGCCACUGCUGUCUACGGGCACCCCUCUAGCAGCAACGGGAUAUACAGGACUGAAUGUUAAGAGGUUGCAAGUGACAAUCUGAAAAUUUGCACUCUUGUGUGUAGUUAUCUUUUCAUUUCUGUCUUUCAGAAAUAGUUUCAGAAAAGACCAUUGCAUCUCCUGAUAUGAUUUGUAUAAUGUUCAGUUCUACCUAAAAAUAAUGUCAAGAACUCUCAGCAGAUGCAGUUGCAACUUACAAUGAACUGUUCCCUCCCAUUCCUCAUCCUUUGCCCUUUGUUCUUAUUUUAUAGUGUUGGAUACACAUGAGUGGUGUUUUCUUUGUGCACCGAGGCAAGUCUAUUUUUAAAAUAUUUAGGGAGAAGUACUUUAGUUCAUACGCCUUGUACGAUUUUUUUCUUCUGUUAUUUAGCUUUUACCAAUCCUUUGUGCAUUCCUGAAUUUGCCUUAUCUUAUGUAAAAUUUAUGUCUUCAGUUUUUGACAAUGAGUUUAAGGCAUCAGUGAUAUUUCUUAUGUACUUGUUACAUAUAGUUUUUCAAGUAAUGACUGUGAUUGUGACCAAGUAAUGUGCACUUUUUCUUGUAACUGUGGACAUUGCUAUGCUUUUUUCUUCUAGUGUUUCUAGAAUUACUGUUCCUUACAGUUAUGUAAACAAAAAACAAACAAAAAAAAGAACUUUUGUGAUACUGUUGGUGAAUAUAAUGUGAAAAUCUUAUUGAAAUAUGAGUAUUUUGGAAAUACAUAGAUGCACAAACAUCUUUAAUGGUGUUGAUUUAGAGUUUGCUUAUUUAAAUGAAAAUUCAAAAAUUGAGGGCCGGUAUAAUUUUCUCUGCUUUGUUUGGUUUAAUAAACAGAAUUCUGUGUUAA